AGCAACACGUGCGUGCAGGAAGAAGAAGUAGUAGACUGAGAAGAAAUGCUACUUUUGCUGUAGAGUCAGUACUGCACGCAGUGGAGUGCCUCAUCCUGAAUCAGUGACUGUUCCUGCUGAUGUUCUCUUCUGGUCGCGACCAGUGGAUCUACCGAUUUCUUUGAUGAAAAGUAUGUCUGUGUGUGUGUGUGUGUAGUGCUGCCGUAGGAGCAUUGCAGCACGACAGGUGACCGUCAUUGAUGUGCUGAGCAUACAGCUGUGCGUCGGGCCGAGCCGUUCACAGUCGGCUGACGGGAGCGACGUAUCCAGCAAGUGGCAGACCAAGCUGGUAUGAUACGGGACACAUCCUUGUGUUGCAGCGCGCAUCCAGAGAGCCCUGUAGUGCCCCGUGCCUCAACAGGGUCAGCAUUACCUUCCCUGGGCCAGCACAGCAGGGGUUAGUCAUCCAUAUCCACAGCUCAGUGGAGACUCAAAACUUCGAGUAACAGCUACAGACAGUGGGUCAGUGGAGACUCAAGACUUUGAGUGACAGCUACAGGAGCACAGUGGCAAGUCCCACUGCCUGUAACUGUCACCACUAGCGCUACUGCCACCGCUGCUGCUGCUGCUGCUGCUGCUGCCUCUACUGUUACGGCUGCUUGUGGUGCUGGAAGCACUGAGUAAUGCAAGGAUGGCCCUGCAUGCUGCUCUGUGUAGAGUCAGGCAGCCGCUGAUGGUUCAACGGCAGCACACCACCACCAUCGCCGCCGCAACAACACCGUCUUUAGGUGGUGCUUGGAUUGCUCGCAGCUGUAUGCCUGGCGUGCUGUGUGGCCGGCGGCUUUUAAUGACGGACGAGUCCAGUAGUGAUCAUCCCCUUGCUGCUGAGCAGCCAGAGUGCCAGCGCCUGCUGGAUGCAAUAGAGAAGAACGGACCAGGCACCUGUACGUUCAGAUCAUCGGCAGACGUCCUCGAACAGCUGAAGAAAAGAGAUCAAAGCGAAGCAAAUCGCGACCGCCAUGGGCCGGACGACCGCUUGGCGAAGCUUUUGGAGCACAUGAAUGGAGACGGGUCAGGUGGUGCCAAGUUUAGGACACUAGAGGAAGUGCUGGGUGAACGCCGCGUCCAACGACUUCUGUCUCGGCAUCGGGAACGGUCAGGGAAGCUCCUACAACGACAACAACAACAACAACGUGAGAAUGAAGAGCGUAACGCGGUGCGGAAGUGGCCGUCACUAUCGCCACCAGCAACGCCACCGCCACGUGCCACUGCCACGGUAUGGACGUUAAACAAACCACCGCCGUCAUGUACAGCAGAUUCUCACCAGUCUCCCAAGGUACGCAAGCAUAUCCUACCACAGACGUCGCAUGCAUGUACCGAUGCCAAGGAAAUUAAGUGGACACGACCAACACAGACGUCAUAUGCACAUACCACUAAACAUGAUCACGGAACACGUACAGCAGAUUCUCACCGGUCUCCCAAGGUACGCAAGCUUAUCCCACCACCGUCGUCACAUGCACAGAAGAUUGUCCACCGAACAGGUGCCAGUUCCGGGUCCUCACCCUCCAACCGAACCGGGACCGGAGAUGGAACCAGCUCUCGUUUUCCUGAGGAGGAACCGCAACAGCAGCAGAAACGGUCAGAGGAACUCCUACAACGACAACAACAACAACAACGUGAGAAUAGAGAUUUGAAACAACAACAACAGGGUACAAAAGGGAAGCUUGCCAAGGUAGUUAAGUUGGACCCACGACCACCAUCGCCAUCACGUCCGACCACUGCUAAACAUGGCGACAAACCAGCAACACAGAUCAUGACGUGGGGAGGUCGUGACCAGCCGCGCGUGACUAGCUCUCCUGUGCACACCGCUCAACACUCCAGUAGUCACCCAGCAACAAGCACAGGUGGCGACAAGCGUGACACAGCGUGGAUGUGGCUGUUUCCAUCAUCAUCGCCACCAGCAAUGCUGCCGUCACGUGCCACCAAACAUGAUCAAAAAACACGUACAGCAGAUUCUCACCAGUAUCCCAAGGUACACAAGCUGAACUCACCCCAGACGUCGCAUGCACAUACCACUAAACAUGAUCACGAAACACGUACAGCAGAUUCUCACCAGUAUCCCGAGGUACACCAGCUGAACCCACCCCAGACGUCGCAUGCACAUACCACUAAACAUGAUCACGAAACACGUACGGCAGAUUCUCACCCAACACCGUCGUCACAUGCACACAAGGGUGUCCACCGAACAGGUGCCAGUUCCGGGUCCUCACCCUCCAACCGAACCGAGACCGGAGAUGGAACCAGCUCUCGUUUUCCUGAGGAGGAAUCGCAACAGCAGCAGAAACGGUCAGAGGAACUCCUACGACGACAACAACAACAACAACAACAACAACGCUCGUUUGAGCUGAUGGAACGUACUACAACAGAACAGCACGUCCAAAAAGAACGGUUGGAGCAGCAACAGGUGGAGGAGCAACAGCAGCAGGUGGAGCAGCAGCAGCAACAGGACCAGCAGGUGGAGCAGCAGCAGCAACAGGACCAGCAGGUGGAGCAGGAAAAACAGGUGGAGCAGCAACAGGCAGAGCAGCAGCAGCAGCAGGUGGAGCAGCAGCAGCAGCAACAGCAACAGCAACAACAGGACCAGCAGGUGGCGCAGCAGGUGGAGCAGCAACAGGCAGAGCAGCAGCAGCAACAGCAACAACAGGACCAGCAGGUGGCGCAACAGGCAGAGCAGCAGCAGCAGCAACAGCAACAACAGGACCAGCAGGUGGCGCAACAGGCAGAGCAGCAGCAGCAACAGGCAGGGCUGCAGCAGCAGCAACAGCAGCAGCAUGAUCAAGAGAUGAAGAAAGCCCCGUCGGUCAUGGCUAGCAUCAACAAUAUGUUCGACAAGCUGAAUAGUCUUUGGAAGAAAUGAGUGAGGUGGUGACAAUCUGUGUCAUUCAUGUACCUGCUCACUUGCAUGGCGUCCUGUCUCUGUGUCAGCUUGCCUGAAUCUGGUCACUUGCUGGGGAGUUCUGCCCUGCGUUGACCCAGUGUGUCCCAGGUCACUUGCUGGAAAGUUCUGCCCUACAGUAGCCCGUGUGUCCCAGGUUACUUGCUGGGGAGUUCUGCCCUACAGUAGCCCGUGUGUCCCAGGUCACUUGCUGGAAAGUUCUGCCCUACAGUAGCCCGUGUGUCCCAGGUUACUUGCUGGAAAGUUCUGCCCUACAGUAGCCCGUGUGUCCCAGGUUACUUGCUGGGGAGUUCUGCCCUACAGUAGCCCGUGUGUCCCAGGUUACUUGCUGGGGAGUUCUGCCCUACAGUAGCCCGUGUGUCCCAGGUUACUUGCUGGGGAGUUCUGCCCUACAGUAGCCCGUGUGUCCCAGGUUACUUGCUGGGGAGUUCUGCCCUACAGUAGCCCGUGUGUCCCAUGUUACUUGCUGGGGAGUUCUGCCCUACAGUAGCCCGGGUGUCCCAGGUUACUUGCUGGGGAGUUCUGCCCUACAGUAGCCCGUGUGUCCCAGGUUGUUUGUACUGCAGUAAUAGAUGUGUGUACUGCACUUUCGACUUGGCGUGUUGUGCCUGUGUAUACUAUCUGUAGCUGAAUGGGUGCUAGGCCUGGGCUGGUGUUCUUGUUUUGUUUUUUGUGCGUUGUGUGUGUGUGUGUGUGUGUGUGUGUGUGUGUGUGUGUGUGUGUGUGUGUGUGUGUGUGUGUGUGUGUUACUGUGUGUUACUGUGUGUUACUGUGUUUCGGUGCAUGCAGCCAUAUUGCACUACUCUCUUACUAGUAGUAGAAGGCCACGCUUGCUGCUCCUUUCUUUUGUCCUUUUGUGUUUGCUUAGUGUCAGUAGUCAGAGGGGCUGGUAAUCUGGCUCCUUCCCCUCUCCGCGUGCAUCGUUAUAACUCUCCUGCUCUGUUCUUCACCUAUUAGAUUUUCUUAGGUAGUUCUUAUGUUCAGCGUUUUCAAUUUCCUCCGAGCUAGUUCGUUUUGUUCUGUUUCGGCAACUUUUGGAGUGCAGUCCAUUUUCAACUCUCUCAGCCGCGCUGUUUCGUGUUAGCGCUCGUGAAAGUAUCACUUUCCCAUUCCAUUUUACUUGAAUUUUGUUGUUGACUGUUGUCACUGUUGUUUUCACCUUUUUAUUUUAUUGCUUAUUCUUAGCGUUUAGGUCUUGACAUUGGGCAACUUGCAGCUCCAAGCUGCUGUAGAACAUCACUUUGAUUUACUGUU